AGCCAUCACAAAAUGACUUCGCGACUCCUUCAAGUUCCACGAGAGAUUCGAGACCUCAUUUAUGAAUAUGUACUUGUGCGCGAUAUCAUACUCAUCGAACGAGCCGCGGCAACUGUUCCUGAAACCACGGCAAAGCAAAGCCCCGAAUUCUAUAGACAACUUAGUCAAUCGUAUCCCUUGACACACGUACGUUCACAUCGCCGCGUUUGGGCAAUACCACGAUUCGAUAUUGGUCUACCAUCGUUCAAAGAUGAUCCAGAACUUCCCCCAAGCCAUGUUCAGAUGACAUAUCAGAUCACACGCCAAUCCAAUCUACCGUUCGGAGAACGAAUCGGCAUCCAUAUGUUGCAAACCUGUCGCCAGAUUUAUCACGAAGCCAGAGAAAUCUUCUACACCAAAAAUGUAUUCGGGUUCAAGACAGUAGAGUGCAUCCCAACUGCAUUCGCGUUCCUGUGCGAUCGGCCCGCAGAGUCGCUCAAGCUCAUCUCGUCCAUGGAAAUCACGUUGGGAGAAGGGACGAAUUUGAGAGGCACGAGUGAAGCCCAUUAUCCAGUACUCGCCAGAUUCACAGACUCAGUAGUACUGCGGUACGCCUACAAUGACUUUACUAACCUCUGUACCCUGCUCUCAUCUUCGCGCAUGCAGUUGCGGAAGCUCGCCCUUCUCAUCGACAGCUCAAAUCAAUUCUAUAGACCCGUGUUCCCUUCACCUACAGAUUGGAUCAAAUGGGAGGCGCAAAGGAUGCCUGGUCCGCGCCCAUGGGUGGCUCCCUGGGUCGAACCACUGUUCAAAGCGGGGAACCUUGAGGUCUUAGACAUCCAUUGGAAUUUUGAUCGGCCCGAGGUUUGUAGAAUCGCAGAUACCCUGUCUCGCCUGAGGCAGCAAAUGCUUGCGCCAAGAGGCCCUCGACAACACGGUCGGCAUAACAGUUUCUGCGAGCCCAGGUUUGACUUCACGGUCAACUAUCAGGUCAUCACGCAGGAAAGAACAUCCAUCUAUUGCGAACUGUCCCGAAAAGACCUACUUCAUAGCGAUAACAGCGGCGAAAACGACGACGGCGAACACAGUGGAAAGCUGCAAUCAAGCGAAGAAAAGCUGACCACAGCAUGGCGGCAACAUAUGCAACGGAUUCUUGAGGCUUCCGGCUAUCUUGGCUUGCCACCACAGUAUGAGAACGAGAAACGGAUAAUUACUUUGAUAACAGGACUGGAUACACACAAGGAUAAUGCAAAGACGCGUGCCACUGUUUCUCUCCAAUCCCCGGUGAUUGGUGUGAGGCUAGGCCAUCACUACUAUCUGUUUCCAUUGUCUUACCCACCAUCUCACUUUCUCUCCAUCAUGGUGACCAUGUCAUCUACUUUUAGCGCUCUUAGCGACUUUCUGCAGAGCAAACUAGUCAUUGUUUACCUCGCACUGGCCACACACUAUGUUCUUCAUAUCUUCGACUUGACCAUACUACCCUACUUGGUCUUACGCUGGUGGGCUCUAGCCUUUGGGGGUUUUGCAGCUAUCAUAUACACGACUGGUCAGCAUGCCGGGAGCAUAGCGGCCACAAUGCAGAUCACAGCCACGGUAGCAUCAGUAUACUUUGGCGUUCUGUCUGCUAGCAUCUUGCUACAUCGUGGAUUCUUCCAUCGUCUUCGAAAAUUCCCAGGUCCUCUUGGAGCACGGUUCUCCAAGGCAUAUGCAGUCUAUUCCGGCGUCCUCCAUACUGGAUCCCGAUAUUUUGAGUGGCAGGAGCAAGUUCACCAAAAGUAUGGGUCAGACGUGAUUCGAACUGGUCCAAGAGAGGUCACGAUUUAUUCCGCUGAUGCCAUUCCACUAAUUCAUGGCCCGAUGUCCAAAUGCGUUAAGCCUGACUCCUUCUAUGGAAUCAGUAGGGAUGUCGCUGGUGAUUCGCUGCAGACAACACCAGACAAGAAGGAACACCGUCAGCGGCGCAAGAUCUGGGAUCACGCCUUCAACGCAAAGGCUUUGCGCGAUUACGAGCCUCGCCUCAAUCGACAUGCUAUUUCUCUUAUGUCAAGACUGAAAGAGCAAUCGUCAAAAGGCCCAAUAAGGAUCACCAAUUGGAUCAACUUUUAUAGCUUCGAUGUCAUGGGGGACGUGGGAUUCAAUCGCAGCUUUGGUAUGCUUGACAAGGGCAAAGAAGAUGAUGUUAUCAAGUUACUUCAUGAUAGCGUGGAGUCGCUCAGCAUUGGCACCCAUAUCCCUUGGUCGAUGGUACUUGCAUUGAGAACGAAUACUGGUGCUAAGCCACUAGCCGAGCACAUACAGUGGAGUCGCAAGGUACUCGAGGAUCGCAUCAAGACUAAGCCAAAAGAGAAAGACGUUUUCUCGUCGCUGCUGACGGAAGGUGAUGAUCAUGUCACAUCCGACAUGAUCUCUGAUUCUCGGCUUUUGAUCGUAGCCGGCAGCGAUACAACAGCGGCAACCCUAUCCUUCCUCGUCUGUGAACUCUGUGCAAGGCAAGACAUUCAAGCUAGACUCCGCGAGGAGAUUGAUGCGAUCAAGUCAGGAAAAGCUCAUCUUGAUGUCAACGAUCUUACAGAAUGCGAAUAUCUCUACGGUGUCAUCCAGGAAACUCUGCGACUUCACCCGGCGGUUCCCUCUGGCCCUCUGCGUGAAACACCCCGCGAAGGCCUUACUCUCCCCGAUGGAACAUACAUUCCUGGAAAGGUCAUCGUACAGGUACCAACCUACGCCAUUCAACGGGACCCACGCUACUGGGAGAGGCCUCUUGACUUUAUGCCCGAACGCUGGAUUUCUGAAAACCCCACCUCCGUUAUGGACAAGCGCACGUUUCUCGCCUUCAACACCGGACCAUACAGCUGCAUAGGACAGAAGCUGGCUAUGAUGGAAAUGCGCUCCGUCGUGGCGAACCUGGUGCGAUUGUUUGAGGUUGAGUUUGCAGAUGGUGAAGACGGAGGCACUAUUAGAAGACAGACCCGUGACUGCUUCACUGUGACUGUCGGCAAGCUGGACGUUAAGCUUACGCCUAGACGAUCAUGA